UCUGUUUUUAAGACUAAACAUCAUUCUGAUUCACCUUCUAUUACGAGAUUGUUUGUUGCUAAAGAUAGACAAUACUAAAAAGCUUUGGGCCAAAAUUUGUUUUGGCUACUCACUACAGAAGAACUCCUAGCACAUACCCUACGUCCAAAAUCCACAUGGAGCCACAGCCACUUCAUACCAACACUAAUGCAACUACUAGGAUCCCAAAUUCCUCUUGUGUAGGUCUAAUCCGUAGACUUACCUGGACAAUCGUUUUGCUCUUUCUUCUUUUAACUGUUAUCAUCGCAAUUGCUUGGAGUGUCAUGGACCCUCAUAAACCUCGUUUUCGAGUCAGCACAAUCUCUGUAUCCAAUUUCAGUGUCUCUGAUUCAGACCUCAAAGGUGUGUUUGAGGUUGAAUUAAACAUAACAAAUCCAAACAAAAAGGUAGAAAUAAGGGUUGACCAAUUCUAUGUCUGGGUGUCUUAUAGCUCCGUGGGACUCUCCAGGGCUAUUUUGCCGCAACCCAUUUACUUGAAGAAGAGGAGUGACAAGGGUGUGAAGAUUAAGUUUAGCUUAAAGAAUUCUUCCAUCACCAAAUUAGCUGAUAAUAAAGUGUUGUGGAAUGAUCUGGUUAAGGAUUGGAGUAAAGGGAUAGUGAACUUUGACGUGAAAAUGAUGGCUAGAAUUGUAUAUGAAGCUGGAAUAUUGCCAAGUAGGGAAAAGUUCUUGGACAUAUAUUGUGGUAACCUUGAUGUUGGAUUUGUUCCUAUUAAGGAUACUGGUAAGCUCCUAGGUAUUGGGAAGGACUGUCACGCUGAAAUUUAGGUAGAAAAGGACAAAAAGAAGAAAUGGAAACGUAUGAAUGUAUGAUGAUUAUGGUGCUUUUUUUAUUGUUUUUUUUUUUUGUUGUUACAUUUUGAUGGUGCUUUUGUUGUUUGUUGAUGAUGUAUGUUGUUUUUUUUUGUUGUUGUGUAUGUUGGUCACAUCACGUCAAUAAACUUUAUCAGAUUCGUUGGUUUGUUCAUACUUCAUAC